AUGCCGCGAGUCCGCAUCGAGCUCGACAUCGCCGCAACACCAAAACAAGUCCGCGCAGUCAUCCUAGACUUCCCCCGCUACCCAGAAUGGCAUACUUCAUUCAUCAAAUCCCUCACGCCUAUCCCUCCCUCAAGAUCCCCUUUCGACCUCAUCCCAGGCGAUAAGCUCGUCGCUGCGUUUGACGGCAGCACAAUCGAGCCUGUCGUUCUUAAUAAUACACCCGCUGAGUUCCGCUGGAGAGGAAGCGCUUUUCUUGGCGCGUUUGCAGGAGAGCAUUACUUUGAGUUUAGAGAGAGUGAGAAGGUUGAUGGAGGGUGUUUGUUCGUUCAUGGCGAGGACUAUGUCGGCUGGUUGACUUGGUUAUUUGGUGAAGGGUGGUUGGGGUUUGCGAGAGCGAGUGUGGUGGCUAUGUAUGAGGGGUUUAGUAGGGAUGUUAAGACGCGGGUUGAGGGGUUGAAGAGGGAUGGUGGAUCUGCUAGUUGA